AUGGAGACCCAGUCCCACAGCUCCGUGACUCCUGAGAAGAAGAAAGCGGAGAAUUCUAUCGUGAAAUGCUCCACCAGGACAGAUGUCAGCGAGAAAGCCGUGGCCUCCAGUACCACUUCCAAUGAGGAUGAAAAUCCUGGACAGAUCUAUCAUCAUCACCACCAUCACCAUCAUCAUCAUCGAGAGAGAAGAAACGCAAUCACAAUGCAGCCUCAAAGUGAGCAGGGGCUCGGCAAACUCAGUGAGGAGCCAUCGACAUCCAGCGAUGAGAGAGCUUCGUUGAUCAAGAAGGAGAUCCAUGGGUCUCUGCCACACCUGGCUGAGCCCUCUGUCCCUUACCGUGGGACUGUGUUUGCUAUGGACCCCAGGAAUGGCUAUGUGGAACCUCAUUACCACCCUCCUCAUCUUUUCCCUGCCUUCCAUCCUCCUGUUCCCAUUGAUGCCAGACAUCAUGAGGGCCGGUACCACUACGAUCCAUCUCCUAUUCCUCCAUUGCAUGUGCCUUCUGCCUUAUCGAGUAGCCCCACGUACUCGGACCUGCCCUUCAUUAGGAUCUCCCCGCACCGGAACCCUGCUGCUGCUUCAGAGUCUCCCUUCAGCCCCCCUCACCCCUACAUCAACCCAUACAUGGACUACAUCCGCUCCCUGCACAGCAGCCCGACCCUGUCUAUGAUCUCUGCUGCUCGAGGGCUGAGCCCUACCGAUGCCCCGCAUGCUGGAGUGAGUCCUGCAGAAUACUAUCACCAGAUGGCCCUGCUGACUGGCCAGCGCAGUCCCUAUGCAGACAUCCUCCCCUCGGCCGCUACUGCUGGGGCAGGUACUAUCCACAUGGAGUACCUUCAUGCCUUAGAUGGUGCCAGGUUCCCCAGCCCCAGGCUGUCAGCCAGGCCCAGUCGGAAACGCACGCUGUCCAUAUCUCCGCUGUCUGAUCAUAGCUUUGACCUUCAGACCAUGAUAAGGACGUCUCCCAACUCCUUGGUCACAAUUCUAAAUAAUUCCCGAAGCAGCUCUUCAGCAAGCGGCUCCUACGGUCACUUAUCUGCAAGUGCAAUCAGCCCUGCCUUGAGCUUCACCUAUCCAUCCGCACCUGUCUCUCUUCACAUGCAUCAGCAGAUUCUAAGCCGACAGCAGAGCCUGGGCUCUGCCUUUGGCCAUAGCCCUCCACUCAUCCACCCUGCCCCUACGUUCCCCACACAGCGGCCUGUUCCAGGAAUCCCUACGGUCCUGAACCCAGUCCAGGUUAGCUCCGGCCCUUCUGAGUCCUCACAGAACAAGCCCACAAGUGAGUCUGCGGUGAGCAGCACUGGUGACCCCCUGCAUAAUAAACGCUCCAAGAUCAAGCCAGAUGAAGACCUCCCCAGUCCAGGAGGACGCGGGCAGCAGGAGCAACCAGAAGGAACAACUCUUGUCAAGGAGGAAGGGGACAGAGAUGAGAGCAAGCAGGAGCCUGAAGUCAUCUACGAGACGAACUGCCACUGGGAGGGCUGCGCCCGGGAGUUCGACACUCAGGACCAGCUGGUGCACCAUAUCAAUAAUGACCACAUUCACGGGGAGAAGAAGGAGUUUGUAUGUCGCUGGCUUGAUUGCUCCAGGGAGCAGAAGCCCUUCAAAGCCCAGUACAUGUUGGUCGUACAUAUGAGAAGACACACGGGAGAGAAGCCUCACAAAUGCACUUUUGAAGGUUGCACAAAGGCCUACUCGAGACUAGAAAACUUGAAAACACACUUGAGAUCUCACACUGGAGAGAAACCGUAUGUCUGCGAACACGAAGGCUGCAAUAAAGCUUUCUCCAAUGCCUCUGACCGAGCCAAGCACCAGAACAGAACACAUUCCAAUGAGAAACCGUACGUGUGCAAAAUCCCAGGAUGUACGAAGCGCUACACAGACCCCAGCUCCCUCCGCAAACAUGUGAAGACGGUGCAUGGCCCUGAGGCUCAUGUCACCAAGAAGCAGCGUGGGGACAUGCACCCCCGGCCCCCACCCCCCAGAGACCCCGGCAGCCACUCCCAGGCCAGGUCCCCCGGCCGGCCUGCCCCCGGGGCCCUGGGGGAGCAGACGGAGCUGGGCAUCGCUACCUCAAAGCGGGAAGAGGGUCUCCAGGUGAAGACUGUCAAAGCUGAGAAGCCCAUGACAUCUCAGCCAAGCCCUGGUGGUCAGUCUUCAUGCAGCAGCCAGCAGUCCCCCGUCUGCAACUAUCCCCUCAGUGGGCUCGAGCUUCCUCUGACCGACGGAGGCGGUGUAGCUGACCUCAGUAACCUGGACGAACCCCCGAUCAUGGACGCCACCAUUACCACGGCCACCACUGCCCUGGCGUUGCAAGCCAGGAGAAACCCAGCAGGGACCAAAUGGAUGGAGCACGUAAAACUAGAAAGGCUGAAGCAAGUGAAUGGAAUGCUUCCACGACUGAACCCCGUCCCGCCGCCCAGAGGCCCUGCGGUCUCUCCUCUCACAGGAAAUGGCACACAGUCCAGUACCACCUGCACUUCGGGCGGGCCGGUGACUCUGCUCCCGGCCCGGAGCGACCUCUCCGGGGUGGACCUCACCAUGCUGAGCCUGGUCAGCAGGAGGGACAGCAGUGCCAGCACGGUCAGCUCGGCCUACCUGAGCAGCCGCCGCUCCUCGGGCAUCUCCCCCUGCUUCUCCAGCCGCCGCUCCAGCGAGGCGUCCCAGGCCGAGGCCCGGCCCCAGAACGUCAGCGUGGCCGAUUCCUACGACCCCAUUUCCACCGAUGCCUCGCGGAGGUCCAGCGAGGCCAGCCAGGGCGACGGGCUGCCCAGCCUGCUCAGCCUCACCCCGGCGCAGCAGUACCGUCUCAAGGCCAAGUACGCGGCGGCCACGGGCGGCCCGCCGCCCACGCCCCUGCCGCACAUGGAGCGGCUGAGCCUGAAGACCAGGCUGGCCCUGCUCGGGGACGGCCGGGAGCCGGCCGCGGCCCUACCCCCGGUGCCGCCUCCCCGCCGGUGCAGCGACGGAGGGGGCCACGGGUACGGCCGCCGCCUGCUCCUCCCGGACGGGCUGGGCAAUGGCGUCCGGAGGGCCAGCGACCCGGUGCGGACCGGCUCGGAGGGCCUGGCUCUGCCGCGCGCCGCCGCCGCCGUGCCGCGCGUCGGCAGCCUGCACGGCCUGGGCGCUCCGCCUCCCCUGGGCGGCCUCCACCCGGCCCCCGCCGGGGACAAGCGCACGCUGGUGCUGCAGAAUUACACGCGCCCCGAGGGCGGCCCGCCGCGCCACUUCCCCGCGUCCCCCUGCCCGCCCAGCAUCUCCGAGAACGUCGCCCUGGAGUCCCUGGCCGUGGGCGCCGACGGCGAUCUGCACGAGGAGGAUUUCCUGCCCGACGACGUGGUGCAGUAUCUCAACGCCCAGAACCAAGCCGGCUGCGGCCAGCACUUCCCGGGCGCGGCCCCCGACGACAGCAAAGCGCCCCAGGGGCCUGGCGACUUCGACCUGCCCGGGCUGCCCGACAGCCACCCGAGCCAGCAGUUCCGGCCCCUGGAGCAGCACUGCGGCGGCGGCGAAGGCCGCAAGUCAGACUUGCCGAUCCAGUGGAACGAGGUCAGCUCGGGGAGCGCCGACCUGUCCUCCUCCAAGCCCAAGGGCGGCCCGAGGCCAGCAGGGACGCAGGCCCGGGCCCUGGGCGCCUACGGCGGCAUGGUGCUCCAAGCGCAGGGCCCGUGGAGGGCCGGGGGCUGUCCAGGCCUCGGGGAAAGCGGCGGUGCCUACGCGGGCCCCGAGCCCCUGGCCAUCCACGGUGACCUGGGAGCCGGCCCGGGCGGCAGCGCCCUCCUCGACCAGCCGUACAAGGCCCCGCGCUACGGGAGCUGCCUGGCUGGGCAGCCAGCGACCCCGGGAGCCCCGGACGGUGCACCCUGCGGUGCUCAGAUUCAAGGGUCCAAGCUGAAAGGUACCACCGCCAUGCCAGGAAAUGGGGUUCCUCUGGAUUUGGGCCUGAUAAUGGCAGCCAAUGAGACAGCCGUCGGCACAGAGAUUAACCUGCAGACCCCAGAUCCGAGGGGCCAAGGCUACCCCGCUCAUCCGCUCCUGGGCGACAGCCUGCAUCGCCAGGGAGCAGGCCGGCCCGGCCCGCAGAGGCCCGCGCCACCCGGUGCUACCUCAUACACCAGUGUCUACCCGGGACCCGGGAGCAGCCUGCAGGGGACUCUGAGCAUUGGCAGCCACCCCACAAGCUCCACGGCCGUCAGGGGCUACCCACAGCCGUGUGCCAGCUACGGGGGCAGCAGGCGUCAGGCUGUGCCCAGGGGUGGCCUGGCCCUGCAGCAGGGACAGCUGAGUGAGACGAGUCAGAUCUGCAGGGUGAAUGGCAUCAAGAUGGAGACACACGGGCCACCCCAACCACUGUGUUCUAACACGCAGAAUUACUCUGGUCAGUUUUAUGACCAAACCUUGGGCUUCGGUCAGCAAGACACAAAAGCUGAUUCAUUCUCCAUGGCAGAGGCCAACUGCCUGCUCCAGGGAGCCCACAUGGAAAACUCGGAGUUACUCUCACCAGGUGCUAACCAGGUGACCAGCACGGUUGAUGGCCUGGACAGCCACGACCUGGAAGGGGUGCAGAUUGAUUUCCAUGCCAUCAUUGAUGACGGGGACCAUGCCAGCCUGAUGUCAGGGGCCCUGAGCCCAAGUAUUAUGCAGAACCUUUCCCAUAGCUCCUCACGACUCACCACGCCACAAGCCCCCCUCCCCUUCCCAGCCCUGUCUCUGAGCACAACCAACAUGGCAAUCGGGGACAUGAAUUCCCUGCUCACCUCCCUGGCAGAAGAAACCAAAUUCCUUGCUGCAAUGCAAUAGGCAUUUGUCAAGAAAGACUGCAGACAUAGGAUUAUAGGAG